GAGAGAGAGACAGGCAGGCGGAUAGUGUUUAUGUAUGAGUAGGAUGUGUGUACGUAUAUGUAAGAGGGAGAGAGAGAGAGAGAAAGAGGAUCGGUAGCACACAUACAACUACGAUGCACAGAGAAGAGAAAGAAGAACGGACGGUGGACGUUGUCGGUGGACCAGCCAGCCGGCCGCGCUCGUUCGAGAAGAACCGAGUUAAGCUCCAGACGAAGAGAGGGGGUACAGCUAAGAGAAGAGGCGAAGAGAGGAGGAGAGACAAAGCGAAACGGAGAGAGCGCCGGUGUCGCAUUCUGACCAACAGCGGUGGGGAUACCGUCGAAGUGAGAAAGAGAGAGAUGGUUAGAGGGAGAUCAAAGGGAAGGGGAAAAGAGCGUUUCGGUGGGAAGCGGCUACGGUUCUCGGACGUGUGAGAGGGGAUGAAAAUUAGUUACGGCAUCUACCAAGACCUAAAAGGAACUCCGUACUCCGUGCGGUCAGACCACUUCGUGCGAUGUUACGCGUCGAGGUACCCCCGUGCAUCGUCGUCAUCGUUGUCGUUUUUGUUACCGUCGUUGAUAGUGCCUGUAGUGUUUCACCCUCGUGAACGUACCACGUCUUAUCGUUGUGUUAAAAAAGAAACGUGUGAUUAUUCGUCGACACGCCGUCGACUCGUCGUGAACGACGUGCGAGAUAGUUGUCCGUUACGUGCUUGUCUCGCGUCAUGGCUCGUGGCACUAGUGAGUUACUUCCAGAAGGAACUACAGUGAAUAUGGUGCAUCGCAAACAUCAGCGAUCACUUCAUCAUCAGCAGCAGCAACAGCAACAGCAACAGCAACAGCAAUCACAGCAAUCGCCGCAACAGAACGUACGGAAGUCUGUAAGCGCGAUGGGCAGCAGGCGCAUAUUCGCGCCGUCCUUCAAGCUCAAGGUCCUCGAUUCUUAUAGAAAUGACAUCGAUUGUCGUGGUAAUCAACGUGCGACAGCUAGAAAGUAUGGAAUACAUCGUCGACAGAUACAAAAGUGGCUGCAGUGCGAGGACAAUCUGAGGAACAGUUGCGCCGAAACAAGUAAUUCGAACUCGAUAGUUUCGACGUCGUCACCGUCGUUAUCCUCCUCUUCUUCCUCAUCGUCGUCACCGUUGUCAUCGUUAUCAUCGUCGUCGUCGUCGUCAUCAUCAUUAUCGUCGUCAUCGUCGUCGUCGUCGGCGUCGUCAUCGGCAUCGCCAACUUCGACGACAACAGUGAUCUCGAAGCACGAGGUGACGUUGUCGACGUCGGAAGGGGUUACGAUGCCCGGCGUGACUCCAGCGGUGCCGGCGCCGGCCUUGAACCUCGGUCUCGCCAGACUGCACGGCGACGAGUCGGCCGUCCGGCCCGCCCCACCUCCUCUUCCGCCACGUUCUUCUCUGACUCGAGAUUCGCCCUCGUCACCGCGGUACGCGCAUCCAAACUCUGAAAUCGUUUUGCCAGCUACGACGAACACGACGACGAUGACAAUCGUCGGUGGGUACGUUCCACGUGAUCAACAUCAACAUCCACGAUAUCACGUUGAAAUCGAGAACGGAGCAAUGCAGCAAGUUUCCGCUUUGAUCGAACGUGAAAGGAGCUAUUAUGAUUGGAAUAACGCCGAGGAACAACGUAAGCGCGAUCUUGAAAGUACUCAUUACGAUGUCGAUAGCGAGACGAAGAUAUACGAAACGUUGACGACGUGUUUCCGACCGUCUCGUCGAGAUCUCCCAUACCCACCGAUCGAGGUCGGUGCGUUAACGAUUACUACUACUACUACUACUACUACUACUCUUGGUAACGCCGACUCAUCCUCGAUGGACGGAAAUGCUUACGGCAGAGCGUUAACGCCGUCAAUGAUAAAGACAGAACGAGCUAGUCCAGACUCCGUGGCGACGUGCACGCGAAGUCUACCUCUCUCUCCUCAACAGGUUACGCGAGGAGAUGUUAACGAUUGCUGCGCUGGAAAUUCCACGUCUGCCGUUCUCUUUAGUGCUCGAGAAUCUUUGAAUUCGGACAAGUGUUCCGAUCCAAUUGGAAGAAAUGUAUCGGCUGUUCUCGAAGAAGAAAAGGACGAAGAGGAGAGACGAAGAAGAUUCUUCUGCGGCGUAAGGAUCAAAAAGGAAGAGAUAGACGAAGAGGAAGAAGAAUCAAGAUUGAACGAGGAGGAAGAGAUCCGCGAAGAUGGCGUAUCCUCCUGCGUGGAUUCUCAUCCCGCUCGGCGUAGUUCAUUUCACGUUGACUCCAGAAGCCCCGAGGACGAUCAAGAGGGAACCUAUUCUGAGCCUGGAAGUAGCUCGGCAAGAUCCAGCAGCGGAAGUUGCUCGGAUAGUGAGAUGGACAGUCUCGUCGAAUGUUGCCCUUCGAACGAGGCCAGAACUUCCUCGAACGAUCUGGGCCGCAGGAGAUCUUUCUCUUUGCGCUUCAAACUCGACGUACUCGAUGCUUUCCAUCGGGACAUUGGGGUAGCGGGAAAUCAACGUGCCACUGCGAGGAAGUUUGGUAUAAAUCGUCGCCAGGUACAAAAGUGGCUUGGCCAGGAAAGCGAAUUAAGAGGCGAAAUUGCGUUGAGGGGUAAUGCUCGACAACGACUCGGCCCGAGCCAAGAUCAAACGAUCAUUUCCGUGGACACACCAGUCGAUCUAAGAACUACCAACUACCUCGCUUCGCCUGUCGCCGAGGAGGAACGCGUCGACGUUGAGUACAUCGAACGAUCUCCACCGCCGCAAAUUCCGCAGAGUCAACAGUUCUAUUGUUGCGAGUUGGCAUCUUCUCCAACGCACCUCUUUUCUUAUUAUAACAAUCGCAUAGCUGAUUUAUCGCCUGAACCAACAUUCGAAUCCUCGAGGAUCUGCGGAUAUCCCUGUUGCGUGGAUACAUCAAAUUCCUCUUGUUAUCAAGAAUUACGCUCCUCCAGAGGAUCCUCCUACGCGGACUCUUUAACCGGACCAUCAUCUUACUGCUACUCAUCUCCAAGCGAAACGUCGACCGAGGAAUCGCCAACGAAACGACGACGAUGUACAGCUACGUUAUCCUGCUGCUACGACGAGUUUUCUUCCUCGCCGAAGCGACUUCGUCUGGAUGCAGACGAAACACCACCGCAAGAGAUGCCACUCUGUCUGGUCAAGCCGAAAAGAUUCCGCGAUGUCUCUCCGUCGCUUGUAGAACCAGUUACGAGUACUGUUCCAACUCCUCCGGCCCCACAACCGCCGCCACCGACAUCCAACAGUAAAGAUGCCAUACUCUUCAAGCCUUACUUAGACAAUCCCAUAAGUAAACCUAGUAAGGAGAACAGCGCUUAUCGCGAUCUCUCGCCUCAGAAUCUUCUUAACCACGACAAUAACAACUGCCAGAGUAUAUGCAAUUUGAACGAGGACCGAGGUGGGCACGAUUACGCUCUCGAACUAAAUCUUAAAGUACCGUUGUCUUGGAGGAAUCAGCCUAGUACAUUGUAUACCGACUUCCAACCGAUUAGGAGCGCGUUCGUUAGGUAUCCGGCUAGUCCGCACUACAUCUAGCCCCUUGUGACCGUUCGCAUCUUUAUCUUCGUUUAUUUUUUUUUUCUUUUUUUCUUUUCUUUUCCCUUUGACGAAUUUUUCCAAUAUAAAUUUUAUCUAUUUACGAAGAAUAGAAGAGGUGUAUGGGACGUGCAACGACUUCGUAAUAAUAGUCAUUAUAGACACAUAUAUACCAUAAUACACAUAUAACAGAGGAAAGCUCAAUCUUCGAUAGGGCUAUAAUAUUUUUUCGAUCAAAGAAUAACACGAGGUAAAAAGGGAAAGAGGUCCAUUAAAUGAUGAAGGAUCGAUCCGUACGUGAUCUACGACACGUAGACGACACCGAACGAACGUUCUUAUCUUUUCCGCGGAUCGACGGCCACCUCGUAGUCGCGAUAAGAAUGUAAUCGGCCAUUGGUCGAGAGUAAGGAUCGAGUCUUUCGAGUUCUUCUUCUUCUUAAUAUCUUCCUCUUUCCCUCCACUAUCACCUCCGACUUUUUCAACGCCGAUCAACGCCGGCUAACUUUUCCGAGAUUAAAACCUGGUGAUUAUCAGCUAGGCCGUUUAGAGGUCGAGUACUCAUGCUAUAAUUAUGGAAUUAUGUCAGCUGCCCACGUGAUCGUUACAAGAUAAGGAGAAAUUUUGGAGAGGAAAUAUGUGCGAGAAACAGAGAGAGAGAUAGAGAUAGAGAGAUAGAGAUAGAUAGAGACGAUUCUCGGCUUUAGCGAAGAUAUUUUUGUACGAGAGAGUGAAAGGAAAAAACUUACAAAAAAAAAAAAAAACAAAAA